CCCACUUUACACUAAUUGAUUUUUAAAAUCGAUCACCACUGCUGGCAAGUACAGUUGAGAUAAGAUACCUUGAAUUCAUGAGCACCCAAUUCACAUAGCAUUUCCAAGAAGUGAAGAGACUGUUAAUUUCAUUCAUUCAUGCCAAUGGCUGUCAUCACUUCUUUGUUUAGACUUAUUUGCAUUUGUAUGAAUGUAGUGCUUCUACUCUCACUUGCUGAACCCAAAACUACAGAGAUUUGCAAGGCUGAACAAGCUCAAGGAUUCACCAUUUUCUAUGGACAAGAAUACAAGUACAAAAUUGUGGAGAACUUCUUUAGCAAUACAGGCUACAUUCUCCUAGAGGAAAUUCCAAGUAGAAAUAAUACCCAUUGUACUGCCAAGCUCAAAUCAUUUACUGCACCCUUUGCAAACUAUUCUGUUGAUAACACCAAGGUUCCAGUGUCAUUUCUGGAGUUACUCGGUGUACUAGAUAACUUGAAAGGCGUAACAUCAGAAUGCACAUCUUCUGCAUGCCUGAUGAAGUACAUUGCUGCUGGUGAUGUUCAACAAAUACAUCAAGAAGACCCAGAACAGAUUUUACAAUUUUCUGCAUUUCUGACUUCAUCUUCAGUGGCAAAACAGAAAUGCAAUUAUAUUAACGUUGAUCCUUUUAAGGAGCUAAAACCGUUGCAGCGUGCAGAAUGGAUAAAGUUUGUGGCAGCACUAAUGGACUAUGAAGGCAGGGCUAAUACUAUAUUUAAAAUGGUAGAGGAGAAUUAUUUGUGUUUAAGUGCAUUGGCAAUGAAUGCUUCCACGAAGCCAACUGUUGCAUGGAUGGCAUUUGACAAGGAUACUUGGUCCUUUUCGAAUACGACAUACAAGUUGCAGUAUGUUUUAGAUGCUGGCGGCUCAAAUCUGGAUGAUUCGGUCUACAUAAAUACAUUUAACAUGUCAUCGCCAUCUGAUGUAGAAAGCUUCCACUGCAUUCUGUCUGGCCUGGAUAUUGCCAUAGAUGAGAGCUAUGCGGCUGUACCAUCAAAUUACACACUAUCAACAUUCAUUGAAAAUGCCCUUGUAUCCGAGAAUGAUAAUUUUUCAUUCGUAGCCAAUCAAAACGUGUGGAGAUAUGAUAAGCAAAUUGGCAGCUCUUGUACCAUUAGUAAUGAUUGGUUUGAUGGUGCUGUUUCACAACCUCAGAUAGUGCUCGGAGAUCUCAUUCAGGCUUUGCAUCCUCAAACCAAUUACACUACAAUUUUCUUAAGGAAUAUUGCAAAGGGUGACGAAAUAAUGCCUGCAAGCAGUGAUAAGUGCACACAUAACAUAUCUUCUCCUUUGGAACCCACCUUGGUACCUUGCAAUGGUCUUCUGAUUGGAUAAUGUACAUGAUGAAUAAGAAGAGAUUACUAGCAUGAGAGAGACUAGAUUUCCACAGUCUAUUGUGAUUUGUAUUUUUUGCUUCUGGAUUCAACUUUGUAGGACUUUUUGCAUCAACAUUCAGAUUACAUUCUGUGAUCCAUCAUCAAGAUAAGAGAGCUGUAGCUGUUUCCAUCUUCUUUUGAGUUCUGUAAAUUUCCAAGGUAAUAUUAUCAUGUAAAGAUACUUUCUUUCCAUUGUUUUCUAAUGUCAAGGGAAGAAAGUAUCCAUGAAUCAUACAAAUAAUGAUUCUUGGUAAAAUUUAGCUAUUUGGUCUAGUCAUAAAAAUCAGAGAGAUCUGUAGUUCUGUUGCAAACAUUAAAGUAAUAAACAUUAAACAACAGGAUAACUUCGCUGUACUACCACAUGGAUCUUUAAGAACAUAUUUACUCUCCAA